UUCGUUCCGUUUUAUUGUUUAUUACUGUAUCGCCCUGGGCUUCGUGAAAAUUGAUAUUUACAUGACAAAUGUACAAAAUUGUCAUUUGCUUUUGUGUGAGAAACUAAAGUUCUACUGGCGAGUAUCAGUUUGAUGUUAUUGUAGAAAGUUGUCAAGCUUCUGUUCCGAAUAUGGUAUUGACGAAGGAAUACCGCAUAUGCAUGCCGCUUACAACGGAAGAGUAUCGCAUAGGACAACUUUACAUGAUUGCAAGGCAUAGCCAUGAGCAAUCAGAUAAUGAUGAUGGGGUUGAGGUUGUUGAAAAUGUAGAAUGCGAUGAUCCUACACACGGAAAGGGCCAGUACACAGAGAAAAGAAUUCAUUUGUCUAGCAAAUUACCAUAUUGGAUUCAAUCUGUCAUUCCAAGAAUAUUUUAUAUAACAGAAAAGGCAUGGAAUUACUAUCCUUUCACCAUCACAGAAUACACUUGUUCUUUCAUUCCCAAGUUCCAAAUAUCAAUAAGAACCAAAUACGAGGAUAACAAUGGUUCCACAGAGAAUUCCUUAGGUCUGUCUCCGAUUGAUCAGCUACACCGUGAAGUUGACUUUGUAGACAUUGCAUAUGAUGAAAUCUCUGCGAAACACUACAAAGAGGAAGAGGAUCCAAAAUUUUUUCAAUCCAAACGAACCGGUCGUGGACCGUUGGUAGAGGGAUGGAGGGAAACAAUACAACCCAUAAUGUGUUCCUAUAAAUUAGUUCAUGCUUCGUUUGAAGUUUGGGGUAUGCAAACUCGAGUGGAAGACUUCAUUCAUAGAUGUAUAAGGGAUAUUUUAUUAUUGGGCCAUCGACAAGCAUUUGCGUGGAUCGAUGAGUGGUACGAUAUGACAUUGGAAGAUGUUCGACAAUACGAGCAUAAGAUGCAAACGGAGACCAAUGAAAAAGUACGACUUAGAAAUCAGAACAACGAGAAACCAAUGACACCUACCACACCAAAUGCAUCGGUGCCAUCGUCACCAUUACCUAAGUCUCCAACACAAUCCAAUCGAUCGUGGUUUUCUUGGUCAUAGCCGUAAUCCCAGAGACUGUUGGAAUUAGCGAUACGCUAGCCUGCCUAGGUAAUGAAAUUAAAUUCUGUGCAAACAAACAUUGGCAUUUUCGAUUUUAUGUGUACGUGUGUAUUCACAUGUAGUCUGGUACCUGUAACUGAAUUGGAUCUUUUAAAACUUGAGGGUUUCUGAAACUCAAAGUUGUUCACGCGGAGAAAGAAUUCUCUGCAUCGUUUUCUCG